AUGAAUGACCAGAAGGAGCUAGCUGGUCAUGGCAAUACACGCAGGACGGACGAAGCGCGCUUCGGCGCUGGUAACUGGAGUGACAAAAGGAACGAGGAUAGGUCGGAACAGGACCGGCUGCUCCAGCCUGGUUUCCCCACACAGAGCUCCCAGGCUGGGGCGCAGACACCGGCGAGGAAAGGGCACGGGGCUGCUCCGGCGGUUUUCCUCUCCGCCGGCAGGAGCGGGACUGGUUCCAGGCCUCCGCGGGGUUACUUGCGGUCAAAGGUGCAGUCUGGCUGGAAGAAGGCGGAUGGCGGUGCGCAGCCGGCCGCGGCGCUUUCUCUCUCCUGCCUCCUCGGCGCUCCCGAGGGCUGUGGAGGCGUAGCCGCUCCGGAAUCUUCCUGGCCGGCGGCUGCCGAGGGCCCGGGGCUCAGCCCCCGACCCCUGCUCCAGAUGCAGGCUCGGGGGGCGGGGGGGGGGGCGGGGAGGUGGUCGCCGCCUUCUGUCCCGGGGUUCCGGGCGCGGAGCUGGAGCCGGCACCCGCCGGAGGAGCAAGGACGCACGCAAUGA